CGCUGCGCCAGGCGUUUGAUAUCCGGCCCGCGCGGCGCCGGGGUCUCCAGCCGAACGCGCGGCGCUGGGGGGGGGGGGAGGUAAAUAUCAUCCCUCUGCUUACUCGAAACCAAGGACCGUAGAAAUAAGCGGAAGGCGGCAAUCGAAAGCUCGUAGCGAGAAGGUUCAGAGCAUCCAACACAGGCGCGCGCCGUGACUAGAAAUGUAUCGUCACAUCCCGGGACAGUAUAUAGUCGGGUUGGAGAGCGGCGGGUGCGGCUGGAAUGGCUGCCACACGAGGGAACCGGGAACAGGGCCAGAGGCACAGCGCCAAGGCGUUUCCGUAUAGGUGACGGCACGCCCUUCAAAACACAGGAAAAAAAAACAGAACGUCAUUGCUUCCUGCUGGUCAGGAGAGUAACAUCUUCCAACUGAAGACAUUCAAACGGCAGCCAUGAACACAGAAGCAGAGACUAAGGCCCAGGAGGCAGGGGAACUCAAAUACCGCCUCUUUCCGUCCGUUCGGAUGAUUUUCGUCAUGCUCGUUGGUAUCGGCGUGGGGACCAUGAUGAUCACUCGGUUCAACGUCAGCAUUGCCGUCGUCUGCAUGGUCGACGAUGACGUCACAGAGGGUGUGAUGACUUCAGCGGGGGACGGCAUGGGAAACGCAACCCGAGACAUUGCCAUAACGAAUGGUGGUGACUUAGAGGUUUCUACAGCGGGAAAAGGACGGGGUGAGUUCCAGUGGGACAAGACGUUCCAGGGCCUGCUGCUGUCCAGCUAUUUCUACGGCUACACAGCGGGUCUGGUACCGGGCGGGUGGAUCGCUGACAAGCUGCCGGUGGUGCUGGUCCUUUUGGUCAGUAUCGGUCUGCAGGGCCUGUGGACUCUGGUGUUACCGGUGGUAGCACGAACAGACCCGUACCUUCUGCUGGCUCUGCGCGCACUGCAUGGACUCUGCUCGUCGGCGGCGCUCCCUGCCGCACAGGUGUUCGCCCGAAACUGGAGCGUGCCUGUCGAGUACACCACCGUGUUCUCGCUGUGCUGGGCCUUCCAGUACCUGCUCGGAGGUUCGGCGUACCCCAUCUCCAGCUCCAUCUGCCAGGCCUGGGGCUGGCCGGCGGUGUUCUACAUUACAGGGGCGUUUCCGAUACUGUGGAUGGUCGUAGGCUGGUUCCUUCUGACCAGUUCCCCUGACGAGAGCUCCAUCUGCUCGGAGGACGAGAAACGAUACCUGGCCUCCAAGAGGCUCUUCAGAGUGGCCACUACGAAAUCACUCUCUGAUAAAAGUGUGACCCAGGAAUCAACACCAAUCCUGGCCAUCAUCACCAACCGUCAGGUGCUGAUAGUGAUCGGCACCUUCUUCACCAACAGCUGGUUCUACUACGCCCUUAACAUCACUCUGCCCACCUUCCUGAAGGAGACCAUGGGCGUCAACCUCACUGAGAACGGAUUUCUCUCCGGUCUUCCGACCAUGUCGAUGACCGUCGGCUGCGUUGCAGGGGGAAAGGUGUUUCAAUACCUGCUCACCAGGUGGCAGUGCAGUCGAACCAAUGCUCGUAAAAUUAUUGCGACUGUCGCGUUCCUGAUCCCGGCCGUUCUGCUGGGGGCCAUCUUGCUGCUUCCUCCGGGAAUGACGUAUCUCACGAUGAGCCUUCUCGUCUUAUGUAACGUUACCUCCGUACUGGGAGUUGCCGGAGGCCCAUUGUCUGCGGGCCCAGACAUCGCCCCUCAGUUUGCUGGAGUGAUCUGGGGCCUGUCGGGGUCCAUCGGAAAUCUGACCGGGGUCCUGGCACCCACCAUAGCCGCUGCAAUGACACCAAACAAAACUCUACUGGAGUGGCGGUACUUCUUCUUGAUCGCACUGGUCAUGAACGUCGUAAUGGAUCUCGCCGUCAUUCUGUUCUGGAAGUCAGAGGUGCAAACAUUCGCCAAGACGGAAGACAUCAGGACAGAAACUCAAAACGGAGACACGUGCAAAGCGUAGAAAUGGUCCUUUUGGAGACCAUAGACUACCGUAGCAAAAUAAGUGCCAAAAAGUAUCUGUCCGAAACGUUUGUCAAACGAUUCGGCGCCGAAUUUCACGAGUGGCUCCAAUAUGUGGGGUGCAUCGGCUCCAGGGUUUUUGAAUGUAUCGACUGCGCGUGCUUGUACGAUGAUAGCCUGUAAAACAUUGUUGUUCUGUGAAAUACUUAAACGCUUGCUUUGACUUACUUAAAGCAUGUCACUCAACAAAUGUCUUAAAAGUCGUAAAUGUGAAAUGAAACAUGUAUUACAAAUAAAGGUACGCGUGUCGA